UACGCUCCAGCAGGGGCGGGCUCACGGAGCCGAUGGUGGACUCUCUGUCAUAGUGUGGGAAAAUGUGGUUAGUCACGCGUGGAGGAAGUUAAGUAUUGGAUCAUAACGCAAAGUCAAACGUUAACCUGACGGAAAUAGAUUCAGUGGAACCUCGGCGGUAAGCGACGUGUUGUUGCGAGAGACCCGGGGAGGUGUACGUUAGUUAGUGAACGUUAGCUACCAGGAAGAAGUGUGCCCGCGCCAGCUCGCAGGGGGCGAGAAGCGCUUGUUCGCGGCCAUGGCGUCCCUCGGUAACUCCGGGGCCACCUCCAGUCCUAACGUGAUGCUGGCGCCCAAGACUAAAACGAAAAAGAAGCACUUCGUGCAGCAGAAGGUGAAGGUGUUCCGGGCCAGCGACCCUGUGCUCAGCGUCUUCAUGUGGGGCGUCAAUCACUCGAUCAACGAUCUGAACCAGGUGCCUGUUCCUGUCAUGCUGCUCCCAGAUGACUUUAAAGCCAACACCAAAAUCAAGGUCAACAACCACCUCUUCAACAAAGAAAACCUUCCUGGACAUUUCAAGUUCAAAGAAUACUGUCCUCAGGUUUUUCGUAAUCUAAGGGAACGGUUUGGUAUCGAAGACCUGGACUAUCAGGUGUCGUUGACCAGAAGCUCCCCAGUGAGAAGUGUGGACGACCAGGGAGAAGGUUUGCUCCUCUACUCCUAUGACCGGACGCUGGUCAUUAAGCAAAUCUCCAGUGAGGAUGUUGCAGACAUGCACACCAUUCUGUCUGAGUAUCACCAGCACAUAGUGAAGUGUCAUGGUAGCACCCUGCUACCACAGUUCCUGGGUAUGUACCGCGUGGGGGUGGACAGCGAGGAGACCUACCUGAUCGUCAUGAGGAACAUGUUUAGCCACAGGCUAUUGGUGCACAGGAAGUACGACCUGAAGGGGUCUCUGGUGGCUCGUGAAGCAAGUGACAAAGAGAAGGGAAAGGAGCUUCCCACCUUUAAAGACAUGGACUUCAGGAACAACAUGCAGAAGGUUUACGUAACCGAGGAGCAGAAGGCAAAGUUAAUGGAGAAACUCAACAGGGAUGUGGAGUUUCUGGUGAAGCUCAAGAUCAUGGAUUAUAGUCUGCUGCUCGGAAUCCAUGACGUGGGCCGAGCGGAGCGGGAGGAGGAGGAAGGUGAGGAGGUGUACAAUGAGGAAGAACAGGAAACUGAGAACGGCCUGGCUCCCGGUCCCGCCGUAGGCUCGUUUGGCACCUCUCCUGAAGGAAUUGCUGGCUAUAUGUCGUGCUACAAACCACUGGGACCCGGGGAGUUCGACCCCUACGUGGAUGUGUAUGCAGUUGGGAGCUGCCCAGGUGCCCCUCAAAAGGAGGUUUAUUUCAUGGGCCUGAUUGAUGUACUCACCCAGUACGACACUAAGAAGAAAGCUGCUCAUGCAGCAAAAACAGUCAAGCACGGGGCUGGUGCUGAAAUCUCCACGGUCCACCCUGAGCAGUAUGCGAAAAGAUUUCGUGACUUCAUCUCAAACAUUUUUGCAUAAAACUCUGCUAUGAACUCUGCCAUAAGUCGAUUCAAGUGAAAGCUCAAGGUUUUACCACUGACCAAAAAUAGUAGUAAGCACCUGCAGAUUAUUAUUUACAUGAAGCGAGAAUACUUACUUACACAUGUAGCAAAGCAAUGUUUAAGAUGCAUAUAUUUAUUUUUAAGAUGUAUUUCUAAUUAAUGCCAAGAACUGUGGGGUAGUAGAAUUUCAAAAACAAACAACUGUUGAUCAGUGUUACUGUGUUAAACAACAUAAGUGAUAGAUCAAAUAUCUUUUUUUGCUCUUGAUGCCUAGACCUAAAUAAAACGUCAUCAGUUCAAAAACAUGCUUUACAGUAGCUAUUAGGAUUCCUAUGAGAUGAUAUUAAGAUGAAGUUGUAUUCAGCCAAAGUGAAACGGGGACCUCUACUUUAUCUUACAGAUGUAAGAAGACCUAUUUAAAAUAACACUGGGAUUUCAUUGCUGAGAACAAACAGAAUUGUUUUUAGUCUUUUUUUUUUAACACUAUGUUGUGAGGAUUUGUGUCUUGAGAUAAGUACGAUUCUGAUCUGUUCAGCAUUGGAGCAGUUUAUACUUCCUCUCCUCGUUGAUAUUGCUUCUCACUCCACCGCAUAAACACUCAUCUAUUUUCUGGCAUUAUUAGACUGUUGUCAGUCGUCUCAUCUAACUCGGCGGGAAAGUUCUCUGAUUAAAGUCUUCUGUGUUAAACUGUCUAGAAUCCUUUUUAAAUCAUUCUAAAAUCCUAGAAUCGACAGUUGUGUUAUAGAAACAGGUCAUGUUUAGAAUUUGUUGGAAUUUAAGUCUUUCUCAAACUUUUUUUAUCUUGGAAUUAAACAAUUUAACCAAAUACAUGUUUUCCAGCAAAAUCUCUCAAAUUGUUAAGUAAAUGUACAGAACAAAAUGUGUGAUUUGUAUGAUGUAUUCAAAUAGAAAUUAUAUUAAAUGAGAAAGUAAAGCGGUGGCUGGUUUAGUCAACCCGCAAUAAUAAAGUGACUAGUAGAACUUAGAACUUAGUCUUGACUUGAACCAAAUAUGUGGUGUGGGUUUCCAUUCUGGUCAGAUACUUUAACUCUUAGUGUCUGGAAGAUUCUAUUGGAAAAUGUGAUUCCUUUUAAAAAGAUAAAGUACAGGCUACAGCAGCUCAUACAGUUAAACUUGACACAGCAUUUCUAAACUCUGCAAGGUUCUAGAUACUUUGAGGCCUCAUCUGACAAUUGCACUAAUUGUAUUUUUGCAAAUUAGCUUUUGGACCAAAAUAUAUUUUGCAAAGAA